GUUCUCAAAUUCUUGCCCGGCUCCAAUCCACGUGAACCAUGUUGUAUUGGGAGCAUUACAUUAUAUGUAUAAUGUAUAAAAAUUUGGAAACUAUAUUUGCUGAAAAGUGAAGUGCAUUUGAAUCUUACAAAAAUUGCGUUUGUGACGAAAAAAAUACAAAAAAUUUAGAAAUCUGACAACCCAUGCCGACCUGUCCGCCGAGUUAACGACGUGCUUAUAGGAUCCUUAAUUAUUCUUAUUUCAUUCCAACGGACCAAAAAUUACCACGUCAUCUUCAUACGCAACUCCCAAAAACACACGAUAAUUAACUCAUUGAAAUCUAAAGUCUCAUACACUUUUCAACGUUUCUAUUAAUAUUUCCAUAGACUAGAUCUCUAUUUCUUACAUCCAUAUCACCGAUGAUGCCUCGCCGUGACGUUCUCUUCCUCUCCCUCCUCCUCGUCAUCGCCACCGUCUCCGCCGUCGCAUUCGCCGACGAUGAAGCAGAUUGUGUCUACACAUUCUACCUUAGAACCGGCUCAAUCUUCAAAGCCGGUACAGAUUCGAUCAUAAGCGCUAGAGUCUACGACAAAUACGGAGACUACAUCGGGAUCCGAAACCUAGAAGCAUGGGGUGGUUUAAUGGGACCAGGUUACAACUACUACGAGAGGGGUAAUCUCGACAUUUUCAGUGGGAAAGCACCGUGUCUUCCGAGCCCAGUUUGUUCAUUGAAUCUGACCUCUGACGGCUCCGGUGACCACCACGGUUGGUAUGUUAACUACGUGGAAGUCACGACAGCCGGAGUUCAUGCAAAGUGCUCGUACCAAAGCUUCGAUGUUGAGCAAUGGCUUGCGUCCGAUACAUCCCCGCAUGAGCUCAGUGCUGUUCGGAAUAACUGUCCGGUUUCGCUUAGGGAAAGUGUCGGUCGGGUCGGGUCUGAGAUCCGGAAGACUCUCUCUUGGAUCGUGUGAGAUUAGUGAAUGAAAUAUGUGUGUGUGUAACUUGGAGACUUGUUCUUUGUUGUCUUGUGAACGUGUGAUGGGAAAAUAAUGAAAAUGAUUCGAUCGAAUAAUGGUUCUGUUCUUUGUUGGCUGUGAGAUUUAAUCAGACAUUAUUAAGUGUUCUUGUGAUGAAUUAAAUAAUUACCGGUUGAUAUA